AACCCCUUGUCGACCACAAGGCAAAAACCCUCAAGCGGCGUAGAGACGAAUACGUCCCGAAGCCAAAGCCAUAAAGGCGGAAGAGAAGGCCGCCCCUUCCCCUCUUCGCCGGAAAGCCGCCGCUGCCGGAGGAAUUCCACGCCGCGAUCGAGCAGAUGGCCCUAGUCAAAAAAGGCGCCACGACGGAGGCGAAACUGGUGAUACAGAAGAAGCUCUACCAUACCGACCUGAGCAGCGGCCACAACCGCCUCUCGAUCCCGUUCAACGACAUCGAAAACGAUUUUCUCACGGAGGAGGAAAAGCAGUAUCUCCUCGGCCAAGAUGAGAAAAAGAAGAAGCUGGUUAAGACCGUGCCUCCGUCGCUGGAGGUGGAGACGGUGAAGCUUUGCCGGUGGGAUAUGCCGAAGAAGAGUCGGAAGACGUCGACCUACGUUAUUCGAGGGAGUUGGAAUGCGAUUGUGAAGAGCAAUAAACUCCGGUUCAACAGGACGGCGCAGCUGUGGGGUUUUCGGGUUGAUCGGGAGCUGUGCUUCGCGCUCAUGAAGGUGACGAGGAAUCAUGCCGCUUGAAUUUAGGAAUUAGGGUUUUAUGUUUUGUGGAAAGGGUUUAGGGUUUAACUAAUUUGUAUACUACUAGUAUUGCUUGUUAGAAUGAAUUGUUAGUGGUUACUUGUUGUUAGUGUUCCAAUUGUUUUAUUGUAACCAAAUACUCCAUCUGUCAAUUUAUCGUUUUUAAUUUCAGUGAGAAUGAGUUUUAAGUA